GGGAGCUCUAAGAGCUAGACGCGAUGCAACUGACAGUGGUGUUCCUAGUUUCUCGUCAGAUGUCGCCAGUUAUUGCUCUGGUUGCAACUUUGUUGGCAUAGCCCUGUUAACCCGAUGCCAUAUGCGCAGCGGGGACAUGUAACGGACCUUCUGUCGAGCAGGGAUCGCCAAAAGUGCCUGUUCUUUUGGACUUUUGCACAUCGGUGUCUUGGGUGGGGGGGAAAGCCUACGAAAAAAACACCGACUAUCGAGGCUUGUGUUUCGCCAUGACUGAGCGAGAUGGAUGUGGAGGAGACGGGCUGUGUAGCGACGGAGCUCCCGAGGUCAUACCAUCCAGAGCUGCCCGCGGGCGCCGGAGCGGUGUCGUCCUACCCGGAGGCGGACAAGACACCGACACCAUCCUCCUUGAGACGGUGAGGGCGGCUCCCCGCCGUAGCAGCAUCAUAAAGGAUCCUUCGGUGCAGAAGAUGGGGGCUGGGAGAAAGAAGACGGUGUCCUUCAGCAGCAUGCCCUCUGAGAAGAAGGUCAGCAGCUCCUCGGACUGCCUGGCCUUCAUGCAGGGCGGCUGCGAGCUGAAGAAGGUGCGGCCCAACUCCAGGGUCUACUGCCGCUUCUUCACCCUGGACCCGGACCUGAGCUGCCUGCGCUGGGAGCCCUCCAAGAAGGACGGGGACCGGGCGCGCCUGGACAUCUCCUGCAUCCGCGAGGUCCGCACCGGCAAGAGCACCGAGACCUUCCUCCACAACGGGCCUCUGUCCGAACACCUGGCCGAAGAGGCGGCCUUCUCCAUCAUCCACGGGGACGAGUACCAGUCCCUGGACCUGGUGGCGCUGUCGGCCGACGUGGCCAACAUCUGGGUGACGGGCCUGCGCUUCCUGGUGGCCCACCCCUCCAUCGUCGGGGGCCCCGGGGCCGGCCUGGGCGAGAUGGGGGGCUACGUGGUGGAGGGCAGCCCCGGCAGCAGGAUGAGGAGCGAGUGGCUGGCGGCCGAGUUCGCCCAGGUGGACGCCGACGGCAACGGCGUGGUCACGGAGAACGUGGCGGUGGCCGCCAUCUGCAAGCUCUGCCCCGGCAUCAAAGAAGCCAAGGUGCGGCAGCGCUUCAAGGAGAUCCAGUGCGCCAAGGAGAAGCUGACGUCGCACGUGACGCGCGAGGAGUUCCAGGAGGCCUUCUGCGAGCUGUGCACCCGGCCCGACGUCUACUUCCUGCUGGUGCAGCUCUCCAAGGACCGCGAGUGCCUGGACGUGCAGGACCUGCGUCUGUUCCUGGAGUCGGAGCAGGGCCUGUCCCUGGCCACGGCCGAGGGCUGCCUGCAGCUGCUGCGCCGCUACGAGCCGUCGGCGCAGGGCCGCGAGCGCGGGGUGCUGGGGCUGGACGGCUUCGCCCGCUACCUGCAGUCGGCCGAGUGCCACCUGAUGGACCCCGAGCACCUGGCCGUGUGCCAGGACAUGAACCUGCCCCUGUCCCAUUACUACAUUAGUGCCUCGUACCGCUCCUACCUGCUGGACGACCAGGUCCACGGCCGGGCCGACCUGGGAGGCCUCACCAAGGCCCUGCAGGCCGGCUGCCGAUGCCUGGAGCUGGGAGUCACCGACGGCCCGGAGGGAGAGCCCCUCCUGGGGGUGGACUACGGCCCCGAGGCCCCCCGCCACCACCACCACCACCACCACCACCACCACCACCACCACCACCACCACCCCCACCCCCACCACCACGCCCCCGUCACCAUCCGCUCAGCCCUGGAGGUGGUCAACAAGUACGCCUUCCUCACCUCCCCGUACCCCCUGCUGCUGUACCUCUGCCAGCGCUGCUCCCCGGCCCAGCAGCGCGUGCUGGCGCAGCACCUGAAGAAGGCGUUCGGCUCCCGGCUGUACGGCGCCGACGCCCUGACGGUGGGCCCGGCGGGGGGGCGCGCGCCGCCCCUGCCCUCCCCGGAGCAGCUGAAGGGGCGCAUCCUGCUGGUGGGGAAGAAGCUCUCCCCGGAGGAGGACGGCUCCGAGGGGGAGGUGUCAGAGGAGGACGAGGAGAUAGGAGGAGGGGGGCCGCUGGCGGGCCGGCGGAUGACCAUCCCCGGCGAGGAGGAGCUGGGCGUGGUGCUGGUGGUGCCGCCGCCCCCUCAGCCCAGGAGGCUCCGCCUCUGCCGGGAGCUGUCGGACCUGGUGAGCGUGGCGCGGACGGGCAGCCGCAGCUUCUACGCCCAGAGGGGCCACCCCAAGCAGCGCCAGUCGCCGCCGAGCAGCCCCUCCUCCCCUUGCACCCCGCUGCCCCCUGAGCCUCCCUACUGGACGCUGUGCUCCCUGGGGGAGGGCGAGGCCGGCCGCCUCACCAGCGAGACCCCCGAGGAGCUGGUGGUGUUCACCAAGCGCACGCUGAGCCGCGUCAGGCCCAGCUCGGUGCGGCUGGACUCCAGCAACCCCAACCCCCAGGGCUACUGGAAGGGAGGGGUCCAGCUGGUGGCCCUGAACCAGCAGACCCCCGGGGCCAUGCUGGACCUCCACCGCGGGCGCUUCUCCGUGAACGGCGGCUGCGGCUACGUGCUGCGCCCCGGCGUCAUGAGGGAGGAGGUGUCGUACUUCAGCGCUCACACGCAGGGCUGCGUGCCCGGGGUGCCCCCGCAGACACUGCGGAUCAAGGUGAUCAGCGCCCACAACCUGCCCAAGCCUCAGGGCGCGGGGGCCAAGGGGGAGGUGAUCGACCCCUACGUGGUGCUGGAGCUCCACGGGGUGCCGGCCGACUGCGCCGAGCAGCGCACCCGCACAGCCGCGCAGAACCAGGACGACCCCCUCUUCGACGAGACCUUCGAGUUUCAGGUGAACAUGCCGGAGCUGGCUCUGCUGCGCUUCGUGGUGCUGGACGACGACUACAUCGGUGACGACUUCAUCGGCCAGUACAGCGUGGCCUUCGAGUGCCUCCAGCCGGGCUACCGCAGCGUGCCCCUGCUGGGGCUGGCGGGAGACCCCCUGCCCCACGCCAGCCUGUUCGUGCACGUGGCCGUCACCAACCGGCGCGGCGGGGGCAAGGCCCAGCGGCGGGGCCUGUCGGUUAGGAGGGUGGGCCGGCGCGGCCGGGAGUACGUCUCCCUGAGGCACACGGGCAUCAAGGUGGUGGACGAGGGCUUCAAGCCCGCCUCGGGGCCCCUGCGGGAGGCCACGGACCUACGGGAGGACGCCCAGAGCGCCACGGUGAGCUUCAAGGAGCAGUGCGGGCUCCCCCCGGUGGCCAAGCUGAAGCAGUGCAUCGAGAGCCUGGCCACGCGGCUGCAGAGCGCCGAGGGCAGCGUGGGGGCGGUGAUGGUGCUGAAGGAGGGCUACCCCUGUCUGGAGCCCCUGCACACGCUGCCCGAGCCCACGCGCAAAGUGCUCACCGCCUACGACGCGAUGAUUGCAGCCCAGAAGCAGCUGAUAGAGAACGCGGAUGUGGUUCAGGAGAGGAUAGCCCAGGUGCAGAGAGAAGGCAUGGAGUUCCACGAGGUACUCUCUCGACUGGGGGAGAAGGAAGGCCUGAAAGGACGCAAGCAGUCCAAGGCUGUGGAGAGCUUCACUUGGAACAUCACCGUGCUUAAGGGUCACUGUGACCUUCUGCGAGGGGCCAAGGUGGACUCUCUGGACGUGCUGCGGCAGCUGGCGCUGGCCUCGGAGGCGUGCGGCCUCACAUGCUCCACCUCCUCCUCCUCCACCACCUCCUCCUCCGCUGUGGCGAGCCUCCACCACACCUCCCACCAGACGGCUGGACGCAGGGGCAGCUCCCAUGGCAACGGACGCAUCUGAGUCCGACCGCCUCCCAGACCCUGAUUCUCCUCUCUCUCGCUCUCUCUCUCUCUCUCUCUCGCUCACUUUCUCUGUCUGUCUGUCUCUCUUUCGAUCCCUCUCCCUCUCUCUCUCUCUCACCCCCCGUCUCCAUCAUCUGGGUGCUCAGCGUGUAGGAGGAAAUGCAGUGAAGUGAAGCUAUGACUGAAGUUGGACACUUUAGAUUGACGCAAUUAUAUCAUCUUUCUCGUAGGUGUUAUUGAGAGACUUGGAGAGAGAGGCCGAGAGACCUACAAAAACAGGAGAGAGAGAGAGACGGAUAUACUCUUCAACAGAGAGACUACCAGAGAAUGUAAGGCGGGGGAUGUUGUCUCUUUUCCAGCUGUGCCACAGCCGUGUGUUGUGCAUGUGUGGCGAGACCAGCCGGGACAAGAAGAGUGUAACCCUUUAAAGCCUUAGCCCCCCGGGGGGGGGAGACCAGAAACGGCCCGGUCCGGUCCACGGCUUCCUGAUGAAUGUCCUGUUGAACUACUGUGAUGGGACGAAACACUGAACUAAACGAGUAAUAAGCAUCGACCCACUGCCGGGAUUUGUCCCCCAGGGGCUCGAAGGCCGUCGGCAUGAAGGAAUACCAAGCGGGGCAUAAGACACGGUGGCCCAGUCUGGCCUGCGUUUCAUCCCUCCCGACAGAGGCUGCGUGGUGGCACCCGUUCUUAUGCUCCUGUGUGGAACUGCGUCUACAAAAGCGCGGUUGAUUCAUGAUUAUUGUAAUGAUUGAUCGAUGGGAGACAACCCCCACACAGCCAGCACCGACACACAGAAACGAUUAAAACCCACAGACACACACACACACACACACAUACGCACACAAACAAAACACACACACACACACACACACUCGUUCGCACACAUGCACAUGGAGGGAUAGAUAAUACUGGUGUGUGAGGUGUCUUAGAGAUGUCCAACGUUUAAACUGUGAUCGGUACAGCUAACAUUCUUCUUCCUUGUUAUUGUUUGAGAUUGGACCAAUAGAGGCCGUCUGUCCUUCAGCGCUCGCCUGUGAGCCGGUUCUGUGAAUGCACGAAAUGCCCUUGCCCUGUCAAACGUGCCCCACUAUUAACAGCACUGUUCCCACCAAGUUUCAAAUAGCAAGCCUAACAAGCACAGGAGCACAAACGCACACAUACACACAUACACUCAAAA